CAAACCUCUUUUCAUUCCCCAAUUUCAAAUUUUGAGACUAAAGCAUUGGACAAAGAUACCAAAGAGCAAAGAUAGAAAAAAUGCUGCAAUACCCUGCGUUCAUGACUCAGUUCCCAUCGUCGACGAGGGUUAUUCCGACGUCGUAUCUUUUGCCGGCGCAGUGGCCGCAUCCCCACAACGACGAGCUCCUUCUCGCUAUGGAAGAGUCCGAAUACGAAGAUAAGUGCAAUGAAAUCAGAAAGACAAAUAGCAACUUAACCAUAAUUGGGAAAACAACAGUUGACCACGAUAAAGAAGAUUUUGACAAUGAUGCUGAUGAUGAUGAUGCUGACAAUGCAGAAGAGUCUGAAGGUGAUGAAUUUGAGCAGGAGACUGGUUGAAGGUGUGUGUGUGUGAGAGAGAGUGAGAGUUUGUAUGUUACAAUGAACCACUAGACUUGUAUGUUGCAGUGAACCAUGAAGAGUUUGAAGACUCAAUUUAUUGAUAGUUUCUGAAUUUCAGUCACUCACACUCACACUGAAAAGUUGAUAGGUGACACACAUCUGCGGUCUCUAUACAAAAUUUUGCAUGUUUGAAGUUCUUGUAUUAAGGUCAAAUAUGGUACGUGGAUGUAUUUCACUUUUUGUUUUAUUUUAGACGAAAAUGCUAUUUGUGUCUUUACUUUGAAUGAAUAUACCAUUUUUGUC